AAUCAGCUGCUCUGGACUAGAGGGACAUCUAAAACAUGCAGAGCAGGGGGGCUGAGGACUGGAAUUGAGAAGCACUGGGUUACUGGAACCAGACGCAGCUGACCUUCAGGGUCAGCGGGGUCGCAUUAGCCUCCCUGCUACAGCAACAGCUUUGUUUCUCUCAGUGUGCCAACAGGAAGUGAUGUCAGCAAGGUUGGAUCUGUUAGCUUUACUGCAGUUAAAGUGGCAAAUUGGUGGCUUUAUUGCCCUGGUCGCCUUGGUGACGGUAUAACAUCUGGACAUGAUAUUGGACUUUUCACCCACAGAAAUGCCCAUCAACAGUGUCUGAGGUCAAAGGUCACAUCCAGAAAUUUAAACGAUUUCCUCUGGAAGCGCAGUAAACCAGAACUCUGGAUCCAAAUGAUGAGUAGCUUAAAGCUGCAGUUUGUAACUUUAAUAAAAUGUUGUUUUUUCUGUUUUUGUUCAAAGUGUCAUCAGAUAAUCUCUGCCUGCUCCCAGUGCUAACUACAGAAUACACAACUCAUUUAGAAACUACUAAUCAGAGCCAGGAGGUGGGUGUUAGCACUGUCAAUCACACUUGUGUAUGAACUACAACAGAGCUGGCCAUCAAUGCAAGCUAGCAGCUAGCAUAGCCACCAUGAUACUAUUAAUUUAGGUUAAGUUUAUUUGACAUUAGGCUGUUUGGCACAAGAGAGGGUGUGAGCAAGUGCGUUCAUGAGCCUGAUUGGCAGCGCUAAGACCCUCCUUCUGGCUCUCAUUGGUUGUUUGAGCAGUAGUGGUGCAUAUCUGCAGAUGGCAGUGGGACCACAGGGAGAAGCUCAUCGGUGUUACUGUGUGGAAAAGUUUUGCUGCAGCUUUAAAGCUCCUGCUGUGAUCCCUCACCUGCCUGGAUGUGUCUGUUGCCAUGGCAACAGACACCAGGGAGAAAUUUUCCUUCAACUCCACACAUAAAUUCAAACACAUUCAUAAAAAAAUCAUGAUGUCACCAUGGUAACAACUUUGUUGCCAGGGCGACGGCUCGGUCGCUACGGUAACGUCUGGUUGUGGUAAUGCGCUCGGUGCCGGAUGUCGAUUGGCUGCCGGCCUGAGUCACGUGACUGUCGUUCUCUAGUGAUUUAUUGUGAAGCUGCUUUUGUCAGCGGGGCUCCGAUCGUCCACCUGUUCGUCUGCACCUACCUGAGGACAGGUGGACAGGCUGUCCCUGCUGCUGCAUGUGAUCUCAUCCUGUUGCCAUCUGUAAAGCCAUGUGUGAGGAUGAUGAUGCUGCAUGCUUUGUUCUCUCCAUGAUGAAGAGUCACAAUAAAAACGUUCUUCCAGCCUGAAGGCGCCUCAUUCACCGCAACACGCAGCGUUACUGCAGCUGGUCUAGAUCAGAAGAUAUAGAGCAACAGAUCUAGAGCAGGUGAUCUAGAACAGCUGAUCUACAGCAGCAGACUUCCAGCGAGCGGUAACCCAUGGUAACCUGCUCAGAGCUCAUUCUGUAAGUCGCCUGUCAGACAGUGCUCAGGGUUAAUCAAGCCGCUCUGUCAUUUAUAGGUCACUACUCCCAAUAACUGCGUUAAAAACUUCCGAUCAGUCCGAAUUCAGGAAUAACGAUCCCCGCCGCCUGUCAGGCAGCGCUCAGGGCACACGACGCACUUUCCGCAGCUAGGACCCGUACUUCCGGCUCUGGUUCGGCAAUACCAGCGGCCGUUAGCUGUAGCUGCUGCUCGGAGCGGAUCUCAUCUCCCGGAUUUUCUGAGCGGCUCCCCGGCCGACCCUGCCCUUUGAAUCCACCUGAAGCCGCUCCGCUGUCGGUUCCGAGCCGCCAGCCGAACGCUAACGCGGGGCUUUGUCGAGCUUCAGGUCCGGUCCUUCCAGUUAGCAUCAAGCUAACAGCUAGCUUCCUGCCGAUGAAAACAUCGCGAGGAAAACUUCGCUGACAGGUGGAUCCGGCUUCCGGGUCGGUCUUGCUGGAACUGGAUCUGAGUCACCUUCAUGAAGCGGACCAGAACCAUGCUGACCUAGGAACGGGUUUGGGAGCACCAGAGUCCUGCAGCGGCCGCCGCCAUGUCGGAGAACCAGGCCAACAACAACGUUCCUCUGAACAACAACAUGGGGCCCAACCGGAUCCGGAACCCCAACAUCAACCAGAACCCGCUCAUCAAUGUGCGCGACCGCCUCUUCCACGCCCUCUUCUUCAAGAUGGCCGUCACCUACGCCCGGCUCUUCCCGCCGUCCUUCAGGAGAGUCUUUGAGUUCUUCGUCCUGCUGAAGGUGAGAUGUCCCACCUGGCCUGGACUGGGUUGGGAGGUUCCCGCUGGCUGCAGCAGCUCACCUGGUUCUGAUCUGGUUCUGGAACGACAGCUUUCUAAAGCUACAUCCUGCAGUUACACAACUUCUCCCAGCCGUCUCCCGGACAUCUCCCAGCCAUCUCCCAGACGUCUCCAAGUCAUCUCCCUGCCAUCUCCCAGACGUCUCCCAGACAUCUCCCAGCCAUCUCCCAGAUGUCUCCCGGACAUCCCAGCCGUCUCCCAGACGUCUCCUGGACAUCCCAGCCGUCUCCCGGACAUCUCCCAGACGUCUCCCGGACAUCUCUCAGACGUUUCCCAGAGGUCUCCCGGACAUCUCCCAGACGUCUCCCGGACAUCUCCCAGACGUCUCCCGGAUGUCUCCCGGAUAUCUCCCAGACGUCUCCCGGACACCUCCCAGACGUCUCCCGGAGAUCCCAGCAGUCUCCCGGACGUCUCCCAGCCAUCUCCCGGACAUCUCCCAGACGUCUCCUGGACAUCUCCCAGACGUCUCCUGGACAUCUCCCAGACGUCUCCUGGACAUCUCCCAGACGUCUCCUGGACAUCUCCCAGACGUCUCCUGGACAUCUCCCAGACGUCUCCGGACAUCUCCCGGACAUCUCCCAGACGUCUCCCGGACAUCUCCCAGACGUCUCUCAGACGUCUCCGGACAUCUCCCAGACGUCUCCCGGACAUCUCCCAGACGUCUCCCGGACAUCUCCCAGACGUCUCCCGGACGUCUCCCGGACAUCUCCCAGACGUCUCUCAGACGUCUCCUGGACAUCCCAGCGGUCUCCCGGACAUCUCUCAGACGUCUCCCGGACGUCUCCCGGACAUCUCUCAGACGUCUCCCGGACGUCUCCCAUCCAUCUCUCAGACGUCUCCCGGACGUCUCCCAUCCAUCUCUCAGACGUCUCCCGGACUUCUUUUAGAACCCAGACCAGAAGAACUAGUUGGAUUCAGAACCGUUCACAAAAUCAAGCCGGGUUUUGGUUCUGCCUUUCAGACGCUGUCGGUGUCGAUGCUGCUCAGAUACUCCCACCACCAGAUCUUCGUCUUCAUCGUGGAUCUGCUGCAGAUGCUUGAGAUGAACAUGACCAUCGCUUUCCCAGCAGCCCCUCUGCUCACUGUCAUCCUGGCCCUGGUUGGCAUGGAGGCCAUAAUGUCUGAGUUUUUCAACGACACGACCACGGCUUUCUACAUCAUCCUGAUCGUCUGGCUGGCCGACCAAUACGAUGCCAUCUGCUGCCACACCAACACCAGCAAACGCCACUGGCUGCGGUUCUUCUACCUGUACCACUUCGCCUUCUACGCCUACCACUACCGCUUCAACGGUCAGUACAGCAGCCUGGCUCUGGUCACUUCCUGGCUCUUCAUCCAGCACUCGAUGAUCUACUUCUUCCACCACUACGAGCUUCCUGCCAUUCUGCAGCAGAUCCGGAUCCAGGAGAUGCUUCUGCAGAACCAGCAGGCGGGUCAGAACCAGACGGCUCUCCAGGACAACCUCAACAACAACAACGCCACCGCUGCCGGGACUGCCGCUGGGCCGGAACCCGCUGGGACUGGACAGUCAGCAGACAGUACCAUUGAGCCGCCGCCGGCCGGGCUGCUCCCUUCAUCCUCUGUGGCGGUGGGCGGAGCCGGCGAGGUCAGAGCGGAGCUUAACUGGGUCGCUCAGACUGCCGCUGUCAUCACAGAGGCGCUCGGCUCCUCCGUUGACUCGGCAGGAAGUCAGGGGUCGGCGGAGAUCAGUGUGGAGUUCUGGAUGGGUGGGGCAGCAGGUGGAGCUCCUGAAGGCUCAUCGGAGGAUAAAGCUUCAGGGGGCGGAGUUGAAGCCUCACCUGGUGAUAGCAGGCGCCAGGGGGCGGAGCCUUCAGAAAGCCCCGCCCUUCAUACAAACUGCCCCGCCCCUCAGAGCUCAGGUACAGACAGCGAGUCACCUGGGCAACAGACCUCCACCCCCCUUGGCAUGUCGUGAGCGUCCAGGUGAGCUGAUGACAUCACAGUGCCACCUGGAGGCUAUGGACCGUCAGCUGAUCACUGAGCUGCACUUUACUCCAAUUAAUCAAUUAAUUAACUGAUCCAUCAAUUAACCAAUGAAUGAGCUGAUCUGAAGGUAGCCCCGCCCCCACCCGACACUCAGCAGGGUGACCUGGCUCCAGGUGUGACCAGUAGGUGAACUGAGAUUCUGACCCGUCUGGACACCCACAGGUCUGACCCGGUUCUGCUGAGGGAUGAUUGACCCGUCAGGUUCUGGUUCUGACCCAUUCUGUCGGACUGAAACCCAGAUGGAACUCUAAUUCUGCUUUUAUUUUGUAGAACAGGAAGCUGCUGAUUGGCUGUUGCUGAUUAAGCUCCGCCUCUUUGAGGGCGUGUCCUGUGUUUACGUGUUCAGGCUGCAUGAGUUCACCUGUUCAGAACCAGAACCUCAUCACCUCUAUGUUCUGAUUGUGACAUUGGAGGCGGGGCCUGGGUGGGCGGGGCCUGGGUGGGCGGGUGGUUUUUUCUUGAUACCCCUGCUGGUCGACUGGAGUGUUAGGAACCAGUGGAACAUGUGAGGCCUCCUGCAGGUGGAUCAGACUCAGCUGAAGGUCAAAAAUAAAGAGUUGUGGAACCA